CUAGAUGGAUCUCAAAAUCUUGAAUUGGGAUUGGGAUCAAGAAUCUUACCCAUCUUCUUCUGAUUUCUUGGUCCUCAUCUUCUUCUCUCCCUUCUUCCUUUUUCUCCGAUUUAUUCUCGACAAAUCCAUAUUCGAGAGAGCUGCUAGAAGAGUGGUGUUUCCUAGGAGAAACUGUGUUGGUUCAAACGAUAGAAGAAAGAGGAUAGUGAAAUUCAAAGAAUCAGCUUGGAAAUGUCUCUGCUCUUCCUCUAUCGAAAUACUUGCUCUCUACGUCACUUAUAAGGAGCCAUGGUUUAAAGACACAAGAUGGUUCUGGUUAGGACCAGGAGACCAGAUAUGGCCUGACCAAAAAAUAAAGUUGAAAAUGAAGGGACUGUACAUGUUUGUCGGUGGGUUGAAUGUAUAUUCUUUCUUUGCUUUGUUCUUUUGGGAAACAAGAAGAUCUGAUUUCAAAGUCAUGAUAGUUCAUCAUAUUGUAACUUCAUUCCUCAUCAUCUUGUCUUACGUUUUCAGAUUUGCUCGUAUAGGUUCUGUAAUAUUGGCUCUUCAUGAGAUCAGCGACGUGUUUCUAGAGAUAGGCAAGAUGUGCAAAUACAGCGGCUUAGAAGCCAUGACUAGUGUCUCGUUCAUCCUAUUUUUCGUGUCGUGGACAGCUCUUCGACUUGUCUUUUACCCUCUAUGGAUUCUUUGGAGUACGAGUUAUGAAUCUAUAAACGUGAAACUGGAGUGGGACAAGAAGCAUACGAUGGAAACUGGACUGCCUCUUAGAGUGUACUACGUUUUCAACACACUUCUAUGGUGCUUACAGAUUCUUCACAUCUACUGGUGGGUUUUGAUAUGUCGUGUGCUCAUCAACCAAAUCCGUUCAAAAGGCAAAAUCGAUAGAGAUGUGCGUUCUGACUCUGAAGGUGAAGAUGAUGAACACCAAGAUUGA